AUGUCCACGAUAAGCAUGCCUUGGCAGCCAGCUCUGCGCCAACGCGCGGCAGAGCACGCCUGGACUGCUGCGUCCAAGAGCACGGCCACGUGCGACGAGCAUGGCGCCGGUUUCGGAUCUCACUUAUGCCGCGAGUGGAGAGACGACACGGGCCAGACGUAUCACAUCAGAUGCAGGACUACAGGAGCACGACGUGUGCUGGUCGGCACGCCACAUCGCCCAGACGCAACCCAACGUUGGACGUGCACUUUUAGGACAGAGGAUGGUUGUCCUAAGACGUUCCUUCUGACGCCUGACGAGCCUUCUGGCAAGAUGUGGUGGGGAUUCGGGAAGUCGCUCUACUGCGUGAUCGGCGAAGUGGCCCACAGCGGCCUCCUGAGAUGGUACCGGCCUGGCGCCAGGAUCGCAUCCUCCGCGUGGAGGGCGAAUCCGGUCGAAGAGAAGCGCACAGGAUGCGAUCGACCAGUGCCCAUCAGCUCGUCAGUGGGCCCUCGGUCCCUCGCCAGAUCAGGCCGAACAGUGAAGCUGGAGGGUCGGCCUCAGCGUCGGCCGAAGGAGGUCAGCACGAGGCCAUGCGAUGAGCCGUGCGAUGAGCCGUGCGAGAGGCUGGCUGGCAAGGCGGCCGAGAGCAGCGGCGACGGCGAGAAGCGGGCGGCCGAGGACGAGGCGCUCGAAGCGGCAGCCGCGGAUGCGCCCCUGGCGAGGCGGUGGCUCGAGCGGCGAAGGCGAGCAGAAGCGGCAGCCGUGGCUGCGCCUCCUGGGCCCGCUGACACUGACUGCUCUCGGGAGCACGGCCCCGUCGAUGAGCCACGCUCUCGGGCGGAGCUGAGCGAGAAAGCGGCGGCCAAGGGCGAGGCGCUCGAAGCAGGAGAUGCGUUCUUCAGCUCCGCUGGAACUGCCUGCUCUGAGGAGCGCGGCCCCGUCGAUGCGCCAUGUUCGCGGGUGGAGCUUACCGCGGCGUUGAGGCAUUUACUCGAGCACAGGGCGAGCGCCAUCAUCGAGCUUCCCGAGGGCUUCCGGCCCCAGCCUGGCCUCGCGGCGCCCCCGGGCAUGCCGCCAUUGCCCCGCGCAGGCUCCGACUCCUCGUGCACCGACAAGGCUGCUGAGCCCCCUGGGCCGGCGGGCUGGCAGGAGCCCGCACAGGCGGCGCCAGCGGGCGGCACCAGGGAACACCUCGAGGAGGAGCGCAUCCAGGCCGCGCAGGAGCCGCGGAGCCCGCCCGCUGUCGACGCCAGGCAGCAGGGGUGUCCCAGCUCGUGCUGCGGAUCGGACGGCAGCAGCACGGAGGAAGGCAGCCCGCUGCCAGUGGAGCCCGGGGCGCGGGGCGGAGUGAUCCGGACGAGCGGGGCCAUCCUCGAGCUUCCAGAGGGCUUUUGGCCCCCGCCUGGCCUCGCGGCGCCCCCGGGCAUGCCGCCAUGGGUUCGGCGUGGACCAGGCGCCGCCCCGGUUGACGAGACCCGCGCAGGCUCUGACGCCUCGUGCACCGACGAGGCUGCUGAGCCCCCUGGGCCGGCGGGCUGGCAGGAGCCCGCACAGGCGGCGCCAGCGGGCGGCACCAGGGAACACCUCGAGGAGGAACGCAUCCAGGCCGCGCAGGAGCCGCGGAACCCGCCCGCUGUCGACGCCAGGCAGCAGGGGUAUCCCAGCUUGUGCUGCGGAUCGGGCGGCAGCCGCACGGAGGAGGGCAGCCCGCUGCCAGUGGAGCCCGGGGCGCGGGGCGGAGUGAUCCGGACGAGCGGGGCCAUCCUCGAGCUUCCAGAGGGCUUUUGGCCCCCGCCUGGCCUCGCGGCGCCCCCGGGCAUGCCGCCAUGGGUUCGGCGUGGACCAGGCGCCGCCCCGGUUGACGAGACCCUCGCAGGCUCCGACUCCUCGUGCACCGACGAGGCUGCUGAGCCCCCUGGGCCCGCGGGCUGGCAGGAGCCCGCACAGGCGGCGCCAGCGGGCGGCAAGGCAGGGGAGCCGCAGGGGAAGGUGCAAGAGCUCACCGACGAUGCCCUUGGUGCCCUUCUGCGGCUCUGGAGCCAAAGCGAGGCAAACGGGCAGAGGGGCCUGGCGGCGACACUCAUCGCGCAGCCGUUCCAGCUCCAGGUCGAGGAUGUCGUCAUUGGCCGCAAGGCGCCGCACGAUCCAGAGCAGGCCGCCGCCGCCGAGGCGGCGCCCGGGCCCGUGGCUGCGGCGAGGGGCCGCGCGGCGCUGGCGCCGGCUCGCGCCGACCAGGCGCUGGGCGCCGGGCGGCUGCCAGCGGCACCGGCCCGCACCCAGGGCCCAUCGGCAGCCGCCCCGCCCCGCCGGUUGGCCGCCCGCGGGGGCCCUGCCGUGGAAUCCCAGGCGAGCGGAAAGUGCCCCGCGCUCGAGCGUCUGGUCGCCCAGCAGCUUCAGGGCCAGACAAACAGCACGACGAGCUACCAGAUCAACUUCGUGUUGCACGCCGGCUUCGUCGCGGUAGCCUUCGUGGUGGGAGCGGCGGGGCAGGCGGUGGUGUCAUCGUCGUUGGCCCCGGGGCGUAAAGUGCUGGCGCGGUACGACGAGGACCUCUGGCACGUUCGUGUCCUGCUCUCUCGAAUUGAGGACACAAGGUGGAUCAUUUACACACCGGACAGGGACCUGUACGAGGAGGACUACGGCUCGAAUAACGGCGACAUCACCGGUGUGCGAGCGUCCAGGUCGGACGGCAGCAUCCCGGCGAGCUUGCAGGGCGCCAACAUCUACAACUUCAGAGUAGGUGCUGAACCCGAUCAGGCCGCGCUGCGCGGCCUGAUGGAGGAGGCGCAGGACCUGGUGGCUCUGGCAGUGCCCGGGGCAGCCGGAGCGAUUGUCGAGAAGCGCGGCAUCGCUCGCGCCGGGCCGGACUUGCUCUUGGUGGAGAAGGUUGCGAGGAUCAAAGUCGAGCAGUGGAAGACGGACCACGCUGCUUCCAGUGACGCGCGGGUGCUGCCGGUUCGGUAUGCUCCCUCCGGCGAGCGGCUGCGCAGCUGGGCGAACGUGACAGAGAGUGCGAACGAGAGUGCGAUCGACCAUUGGCCUGUAAAGGGGCCGAGAACAGCGCAGUGGGUGGCCCGCUUCAUGGCCCGUCGUAGCACGGGGCCAGAGGACCACCACCUCUGGUGGAGAUCGACCGCCCGCCUGAACGCCUCGGAGUGGGGCGUGGCUGAGCAUGGCCAGCUGUGCUCGUACCUUGAGGCGGCGGGAAGCGUGGACCAACUCGACCUGUCGAAUCUGGUGGUGAUGGAGAAGAUCGCACGCCGGCUCCAGACCAUGGAGUACCAGUGCGCGGAGAAGGUUCGAGAGGGAGAGCGCGGUGGGUCCGCCGGCGCCUCUUCCUCCGUUGCCGGUUCGGCGGUCAUCACGAAUGACGAGAUGGACCUGUUCGAGGGUCGGCAGCACGUCAACCCCACGGUGUGCUGCGCCCCGGCUCCUAUCGAGCACGCGAGCAAGGAGUUAGAGAAGGAGUCGCAGAUCCAGAAGCAGGCUUUUUCGGGCAUCAGCGGCGGGCGUGACUACUCUGGCGAGAAUUCGCCAGCAGUUCCCCUGGACGAGUCUCUGCUGUCGCUUAGGACUUUUACUGUGCGCAAGAAGAGCGGUGCCCAGCGCCUGAAUGCCGAUUGUCGGCAGUCCAAUUGCUUCUUCACGAGUAGUGACCAUGUCGAGCUGCCCGCGUCGGGCGCUCUGUCCAGGUUGAGGCUCGAGGCAAGUUCCGCCGUGGCUGGGGCAGCUCGCGAGGAGAGAGUGCUCUCGCGGAGUGGCGACGCCGGGCGCUGCCUGACCCGCCAGGCGCCGGCCCCGCCGGCGCUGCAGCCGGGCGCCGCCCGCCCGGCCCCCCCGGCGGGAGGGUCGGCCUUGGUCGCGCCGGCGGCGGCGCCAGCCGAGGAGCCUCGUCUGCCGCGCCGGCGCUCGGCCACUGCAACGGCGCCGGAGCACGCGCGUCGGCGAGUUCGGCGACGGCAGGAAGCUCACGGUGCAGUGCGGGCCUUGCCGGGUCGGACUGUGCUGGAGACGAUCGUGGCGCGGGCGCCGACGAGGCGAUCGUACCUCCGCCGGCUUGCGAUGCUGGCGCGGCGCUCGGGGAUGGCGAUCGCGCGGAACGUGGCGGGCGCGGAGCUGGACCGGGCGCAGGAUCGCAUCAUCAGCUUCCUCGGCCAGAUGAACGCAGCGAGUUUGGACGCGGCGGUGGCGGAGCACCUCAACGAGGAGUUCUUCGAGGGCGCGACGGGGGGCGAGGGCAGCCGGUUGCUGGCGGCGCUGUCCUGGGUCUUCGCCUCCGUGGGCAAGCAGGUGUGCAACCUGCCCCGGGCGCGGACGUGCUCCGUGGCGCUGCGGCGACUUGCUCCGGGCGAGUCGAGGUUGCCGGUUCCCGAGAGCCUGCUCUUUGUGGUGGCGAACGAGCUGAUCGCAGAGGGGAGGUUGCAGCAGGGCGUGGCGGUCUCGGCGGCGCACCACUGCUACCUUCGUCCCGGCGAGCUGUCCCGCAUCACGUGGAGGAUGAUCCACCCGCCGGUCAGUGCGAGCGGGCCGGGGGCCACGGUCACCAUCGUGCCGCGCCCCUUCGAGCUCGGCGCGAGCUCCAAGGUGGGGGAGUUCGACGAGACAGUGAAGGUGGACUGGCUUCCUCUGGCCGCGGCGCUCCUUCGGCUUCGACGGAUCCGCCCAGCAGACGAGCGCUUGGCAGGGAUCGGCUCGGUGGCCAUCGGCGAGAGCGCGGCGCAGGUCAUUCGCGAGUUCGGCCUCGAAGAAGCGAUCGGCGAGUUCAUGAUGCACCGUCUUCGUCACUCGGGGCCAUGCGCCGACUUCCUGGCAGGUCGCAGGACGAUCACGGAGAUCAAGCAUCGCGGCACCAGCGGGCCUACGCGUGCGUUGAUUGUCCCUUUCUUUCUAGAGAUCUUUGCAGGAACGGCUCGCGUGUCCAAGGAGAUGGCGCGGCUCGGCUUCCUGGCGAUCGCUAUCGACACUCGGUUCGGCAUGAGGCAUGAUAUGCGUAAGAGGUCCCUGGUGAGAGCUAUGAGAGGCUGGAUUAUGUCAGGCUUCGUCAUAGGAGAGGAGUUCGCCGCCACGGUGCGGGAAAUCGGGCGGGCUCAGGACGACGACGUCGCGAAGCAGACGUGCAGACCGCCACGUCCGCUGGAGGACGCCGCGGGCGGCGCGGUGCUGUCCUCCAUCGCUGUCGAGGGCACGCCGAUCCGGUCGCCGCGGCCGCGCUCCCCGGGCGCCGCCGGCGCCCACGGAGAGCCCUGCAGGGCGGCGCCCGUGCCGCUCGGCGCCAGCUUCGCCCGGUCGCUGCCCGCGCUGCCGUUGGCGCCUGCGCCGCCAGUGCUGCCCGAGGCGCUGGCGUUGCCAGUGCUGCCGGGAGGCGCGGCGGCGCCGGUGUCGCCAGCGCCGCCCGCGCGGCCGCGCCCGCCGGGCAGCGGAGGAGGGGCCGCGAGCCCGCGGGCGCGCGCCUUCCGGCCCGCGGUGGCGCCCGCGCACCUGCCCUUCGCGCGGUUCCAGAUGCCCGCGCCGCCGCCCUCCGCCCCGCCGUCGGCCUGA